UUAUCAUGUAAGCUUUACUAUAUAUAGAAUGUAUAGAAUAUAUAUGUGAACUAAUACAGAAUUAACAUUACCAUAGCAACGAAUCUGUGUUUUGAAACAAGUCUUCGAUUCUUUAUGAAUGAAUUGUCCUAAUAAUUAUCAUUUCGAGAUUAUUUUUAAAGCUGACGAAUUAAUAUUUUUCCGGGUUGUUUUUACGGAUAUUGAUACGGAUCUAUAGUUAUUGUCAUUUACUCUAUUGUCUAUCAGACAGAUCAGAUAAGAUAUUUAGAUUUAUGUUUAUUUUUCAUAAAAAAGAGUUAACAGGAUUUUUUCUGCUUAUCAAAAAAUAUUAUAUUCAUCAUAAUCAUCAUGAGUGUUUUGUCUAUGGAAGGAAGCAUGAAUAAGAUGCGUCACGGUUUACGAAAAGAGGAGGAGAAUCGUAUUUCACAACGUCGUCAAAAUAUAUUAUAUCUUAUAUAUGAUUAUCUGAACGAAAAUAAUUAUACAGAAACUUGCGAAACACUAAUCUCCGAAGCUGAACUUGUUUCCGAUAUUCAAGUUUGCGAUAAUAUCGAUUUAGAAAGGAUUAUAAUGGAAUUUGAAAGUUAUUAUCAUAUGAAAUUCAAUAAAUAUCCCAUGUUUUGUAAAAAAAAUGCAACAAAUAUAGAUAAAAAAAAAAGUAAGACAAAAGUCACAAUGCUUGCCAAACAAUCGCAAAGUGAACUAGUGAAAGAAAAUAAUAUACAAGAAAUAAAUAAUGAAAUAAAUAAUAUUAAUCUUGCAAUGACAGUAAAACCGAUUUUCUCCAAUCAAAACAUAGUUAAAGUUUCAUCAGAAGAAUUUGACAUUCCAAAAGAAAAAUUUAUGCAAUCAAAAAUAUGGAAAUGUAUCGAAAAACUAUAUUCAGCAAAUUCAGAAUUGCGAAAAAUUGCUGUCGAUAUAUCACAUGAGAUUGUAUUGGAGAAUUUAAAUGUACAUUGGGAUGAUGUAGUAGGUUUAGAUGACUGUAAAACAGCUAUUAAAGAAGCUAUUGUAUAUCCUCUUAAAUAUCCUGUCUUCUUUGCCGGUCCAUUUUCUCCUUGGAAAGGUAUUCUAUUAUAUGGACCACCUGGCACAGGCAAGACAAUGUUAGUGAAAGCUGUAGCAACAGAGUGUAAAUGCACUUUUUUUAAUAUAACAGCUAGCUCCUUAGUUAGCAAAUGGAGAGGUGAUUCCGAAAAAUACAUACGUGUUUUAUUCGACCUUGCUUAUAGCCAUUCGCCCACAAUUAUUUUCAUAGAUGAAAUCGAUUGGAUAGCUACAAAUGUACAAAAUAAUUCGUUAUCUGAACCUGCAAAAAGAUUUAGAUCAGAACUUCUUACUAAGUUGGAUGGAUUAGUAUCUACUGAUAAUUCAAAUGUACUACUUCUAGCUGCAACUAAUUGUCCGUGGAAUAUUGAUUCAGCUUUACUUAGACGUCUUGAAAAACGAAUAUACGUGUCAUUACCCAAUGAAGCUACUCGACUUGGUAUAUUCAAAUUAUAUCUCAGUGAUAAUUUAUUAAAGAAUAAAAAUAUUGUAGACUUUUUAAUGAAUUAUACUAAACAGUAUUCUGGUGCAGACAUAAAAUUGCUUUGUAAACAAGCAUGGAUGUUAGAAGUAACUCCAAUGUGGAAAAAUCUUGAAAAAAAAGAAAUAUUUAUUACAGAUUUGAAAUAUGAAUUAAGGAAUAUUGAAAUAUUAAAAGAAUUACUUAAAGAAACAGUACCUACAGUAACCAAUACGGAUAUAUAUGAUAACUGGGAUACAAAUAACAAAUAAUAAAUAAUUAAAUCCAAUAAAAACCAACUAAUUAAAAUA